AUGGAGGUAAAAAAAGAGAAAAUUCGAUACAUUCUUCAGUACCACUACGACCAAAGUGAAAAGGCGGAGCAGGCGGCCAAAAAAAUUUGUGCUGUUUAUGGACCCAAUACAGUAUCGAAUGCAACAGCAAAGCGGUGGUUCCAACGAUUCCGUUCUGGUAAUAUGGACGUCGAAGAUGAGGCACGCUCUGGUAGGCCAAUCGUCGAAAAUGUCGAUAAAAUCAUGGAAAUCGUCGAGUCGGACCGGCAUGUGAGCACUUAUUCCAUUGCCCAGGAACUGAAGAUUAGCCAGAAAACCGUUUGGAACCAUUUGCAUAAGGCUGGUCUCAAGAAGAAGCUCGAU